AUUUUGUUAUCUCGCUGUGCUUUGCGGAGACGAUGAGAAGAGGCAUAAAGAAUAUUUUUUCACUUUUUGCUCGCCUCACCCAAUACCCACACUUUCUCACUCACUCACUCGCUCACUCACUCACUUUCCCUCUUUUCUCUUUUUUUCCACGCAUUUCCUUAUCGUUUGCAUUUACCUUCUCUCUCCCACCUCCAAAUCACAAAUUCAAAUUAGAAUGAGCGCCUCUCUCGGCCCCCGGUUCCAGGCGGUCCUGGCGUCCGCAUGGAUCUCCAAGCGCGAGGCGGCCAAAUACGUGCAGGAGUAUGUCAAGCGGGUGCAAAAGGCUGACCCUAAGGCCACCGCCGACCCGCUGCCGUUCGCGCCGCCAAUCCAGGUCCAAGUACUCGACAUCGCGCCGCACGCAGCCUACGAGCCGCUGGACGCAAUCAACGGUGGCGAGGACUCGCUCUUCCAUGUGCGAAACAAGCAGAACCUGAGCUUCGGCGUCAGCGACGGCGUCGGCGGCUGGAACGAAUCUGGCAUUGACCCGUCGAUCUUUAGCCGCACGCUGACAGCGUACUCGACGAGCAUUGCCCAGGAAGCCUUCCUCCUGCACGAUUCAGAUGAGAUCGAUCCGCGCGACAUCAUCCGCCGCGCAUUCGCUGGGAUGCGCAUGGACAGCGUGCCGGCGUACGGCAGCGCCACGGCACUAGCCAUGAACCUGUCGCUGGCGUCCGGCCGCCUGCGCACAGCGCAACUGGGCGACUCGACGUACGCCAUUCUGGACAGCAAGCAGCAGGCGCGGUUUGUGUCGGCUGAGCAGCAGCACCGCUUCAACAUGCCGUUCCAGUUGACCAUCCCGCCGCUCAACGACGAAAAGACCGAGGCCGGCGGGUCGCCGUUCUACCGCCCGCGCACGCGCGACGACGAGAUGCGCCGGCUAAUCGAUGAGGAUGAGUUUGCUGAUCUCGCCGCAGUUGGAUUUGACACCCCACUGGACGCGCGCUCGGACGCACACACGAUGCACCACGGCGAUGUCGUUGUCGCGGCCACCGACGGGCUCUUCGACAACGUGCGUGUCGAUGAGGUCGAGAAGCUGGCUGAGAGGUUUAUGCAAGCCAUCCACAAGACCACUGCCACCGCAUUGCCCCCGGGCUCGGAGGAUGCUAGGCCCGUGGCUGUGGCCGAUUUGUUUGGCGGAUUGGCAUACAGCGUGGCGGCUCAGGCCGUGGCCAACUACAUUCAGGACGACUUGCGGUCGCCGUUUGCCGAGAGAGCAAAGCUCGCCGGUUACUCGUUCACCGGCGGAAAGCCGGAUGAUGUCACGGUGAUGCUGGCGUGGGUCAGAGAGACAGCCAAGGUUGAGGCCGAAGAGAAGAUCGCCACCAUGUCUGCCAAACUCUAAAAUCGAAAGAUCAAAGAGCAUGGAUUGCAUUACAUGACAUGCUUUGUGCUUUUGUUGCUGUUCUAUAUUAAAAUAAACAAAAUGAAUACACAAUCACCUUCACACACCAUUAAUUGUAAACAACAGAACACAGCUAUUGUGAAUAGUGCAAAUUAACGAGUCGAAAAGAAUUGUAUUACAAGCGGGAACUACAGAAACCUCCUAUUGGGCAUACCCGUUUGUCUUUUAUACUUUUAUACUUUUAUAGGUAAUCCAAGCUGACUAAAUGCCGAUUGGCAUUGAUUCCAUCUAGCUCUCGCUUAAUAGCUCGACCGAGCUUAUGUUAUCUGAGUUGCCACAGAUAUUUCAAUUUGGCAAAUAAAAAAGAACAGAACAUGCGUUUAAUAUUCCUUCGUCAAAAAAA